AUGUCGUCUUGGACCGACAGUCUCACCAUGGACACCAUGGCAAAGGAGAGGGCCAACCCUCCCUUUGACGUCCGAAAGAUGUCCAUCGAGCACCACGGUAGCGAGAACGAUCUCGUCAAGAAGGAAAAGUUCAUGCUCGAAGCCAGCCGCGACCCCGUCUUCUACUCGGCUGACAUUUACGAUCUCACCAAGGAGCAAAUUCGUGAGCGUACCAUGCAGCGCAUCCAGCGCCUGGCUCACUACGUCACCAGCGAGCCCGUCGACGACUUCCAGAAGCGUAUGGAGCUCAUGUCGCUUCUCGACCCCGGUCUCUGGACCCGUCUCGGUGUCCACUACGGUCUUUUCCUUGGUGCCAUCCGAUCCGGUGCUACCCCCAACCAGUUCUCUUACUGGAUGGAGAAGGGUGUCAUUGCUUGCCAGGGCAUGUUCGGCUGCUUCGGUAUGACCGAGCUGGCUCACGGUUCCAACGUCGCCGGUCUCGAGACCACCGCGCACUUCGACGGCACCACGGACGAAUUCGUCAUCCACACUCCGAAUCUCGGUGCUACCAAGUGGUGGAUUGGUGGUGCUGCUCAGACGGCCACGCACUGCUCCGUCUUUGCUCAGCUUAUCGUCAACGGCAAGCGCUACGGCACCAAGACCUUCAUUGUGCCCCUCCGUGACCCCAAGAGUUUCCAGCUGCUUCCUGGUAUCAACAUUGGCGAUAUCGGCAAGAAGAUGGGUCGUGACGGUAUCGACAACGGCUACAUUCAAUUCACCAACGUUCGCAUCCCUCGUGCAUACAUGCUCAUGAAGCACACUCAGGUCACCCGUGACGGUGAGGUGCGCGAGCCUCCGCUUCAGCAGCUUACCUACGGUGCCUUGCUCCAGGGUCGAACGGCAAUGGUAGCGGAUGCCGCCAACACGGCCAAAAAGGCGCUAACCAUCUCGGUCCGAUAUGCUGCUGCGCGACGACAGUUCAAGUCGGACGCCAAGGCCGAGCUCGAGACCCAGAUCAUCGACUACCCAAUCCACCAGCGCCGUCUUAUGCCUCUGGUCGCUCAGGCCGUCGCUUUCGGUUACACCUCACUCGAGCUCCAGCGUCUGUACGAAGAGACUUCGCAGGCGCUCGAGUCUCUGGAGCCUGGAGACCCUAGCCUGGAUGCCACCAUCGAGAAGCUCAAGGAGACCCAUUCGACCAGUGCCGGUCUCAAGGCCUUCUGCACCUGGGCUACCCUCGAGACCAUCGACCGAUCGCGACAGGCGUGUGGUGGUCACGGUUACUCGUCCUACAACGCUUUUGCCAACAUGUACUCUGAUUUCGCCGUGCACUGCACAUGGGAGGGUGACAACACGAUUCUCGCUCUGCAGUCCGGUCGUUUCCUCAUCUCGGCUUUCCAGGACGCACUGGACGGCAAGAAGCAGGUCAGCCAGGGUACCAUGUACAUGAACGAUCUCGACAAGGUCCUGUCGGCCAAGUGCGAGUCGAACGAAGCGCUCGACACACUUGACGGCAUCGACCGCGGUUGGGCGACCGUCGCCGCUCACGCCGUCAAGAAGGCUUCCGAGGACUACCAGGCAUGCCUCAAGAAGGGACGCAGCAGGGAGCAAGCUUUCGAGGACUGCUCGCAGGUGCGAUUCGUUGCUGCCAGCGUACACACGGCCGGCUACAUCUUCCGACAAUUCCGCUCGGCUGUGGAGCGUGUCGAGAAGAGCGACGACGGUGUGCGCGAGCACCUCGAGCUGCUGGCCAAGUUCUACGGUCUCUGGCAGCUGGAGGAGAAGGCUGCCUUCUUCCUCCGCAGUGGCUUCGUCACACCCGAGCAGCUCGACUUUGCUUCGGCCAAGGUCACCGAAUACUGUGCCAAGACGCGUACAUUCGCUAUCCCCCUCAUCGACUCGUUCGCCAUAUCGGACCACGUUCUCAACUCGCCCAUCGGCAGGUACGACGGCGACAUCUACCGCGAGUACUUCCGCAUGGUGCGCCGAAACAACCCGCAGCUCAAGGAGCACCCGUACUUUGAGCGUCUCAUCCGACCCUUCAUUGAGCGACAGCUGCCCGAUCAGGAGGACUUUGACGAGGCCAUUGGCAUCGACGAUGAGAUCGAAGAGAUCAAGCAGGAUCGCGAGGAGGCCGAGGCGGAAGCCAAGGCAGCCGCUGAAGAUGCCAAGGAGGAUGCCAAGGAGGCGGCCGACGAGGGCAAGAAAUAG